CAUUCAUGAAACGUAUUUCCAGUUCCAGUAAAACAUUUAUUUUUUACGUUACAAAAAACCUAAUAAAAUCCAAGAAAUUUUGGAAGACACAAGCCGGACAGAAGUGUCCGAUUGGGUAUUGAAUGAUUAUCAAUUUUAUUUAUUAUUUAUUCGUAUAGUAUUUGUUUAAAUUUCUGAUAAUGCGCACCUGUGUACAACGCUUCGUCUGCCCAAACAAGCCUGUUUAUAGUACGGGCGUUCGCUCCACCUUUGUCUAUCCAAACGGGGGGACCUAUAAAGGUUAUUGGUUGCGCAACGAGUGCAAUGCCUGGGGAGUAAAGACUACGGCGGAGCGCACCGCCAGCGACUAUGCGCAGAAGAAACAGCCGGAGGGACAACUUAAAUAUAGUGGGACGUGGUCAAAAGGUAAGCGCCAAGGCUGCGGCUCAGUCGUACGCAAACGUGGCACAGAUCUGCAAGCCGUGUACAAUGGUCAGUGGUACGACGAUAUGAAAUGCGGGAUGGGCAAACAGUUCUAUACGGAUGGCUGCGUGUACUUUGGAUAUUGGGUGAGGAAUCGGCGCCACGGCCUGGGCAUUCAAUGGUUCGGCGAUGGCAGCAUCUAUGUGGGCGAAUGGGAGACAGAUUUCAGGCAUGGGCUUGGAGUUCACUUUUACGCUAAUGGCAAUCGUUACGAAGGUCAUUUUGCGCGUGGCUUUAAGAAUGGCGAGGGUGUCUUCUAUCACAUGCACACGGGUCAAAUUCAGAAAGGUGUCUGGGAGAAUGACAAUGCCAAGACAUCGGUUGUGCAGGAUGAACCCAUUAUCAGAUGCAAUGAUGCACCUACACCCUAUCCCAUACCCCCACUUCAUCUCAAGUACCCCAACGAGAUAAUGUGUGAUCUAUUUCGGCGCUAUAGGCCCAUGGCUAAUAAGCCCCGACGACGCUUUAAUGAUAAGGUCAGCCUCGAGUUUGUGCAUCACAAGCGACAAUUUGCCUCCUUUGAGGAGAGUGUGGCCACACCCACUAGGUUGGAUCUCUAUCCCAACUCUGGCUUUGUUUGCACCUGCAAUUGCAAAAUUUUAUGAGAAAUGGCUUAAAAAAAAGUAUUUCAAUCUAUGUAAGUCCUGCAAAUUUAAUCUAAU